AUGGUCAAAACGAGCUACUGCACCGGAGAGGCUGGCAUCAAAACUACUCCCCCUAUAGAGCUCCUCAACCUGAAGAAGAAGCAGAAGAAGCAGAAGAAGAAACAGAAGAAGAAGCAGAAGAAGAAGAAGAAGCAGAAGAAGAAGCAGAAGAAGAAGAAGCAGAAGAAGAAGCACGGCUCAGACAGCAGCGAAUCUGAGGAGGAGAAGAAGAAACAGAAACUGAACCAGGCUCUGGCUACAGAGGACGUGCAUCUGAAGCAGGUAGAGGAGAUGAUGAAGGUGGAUGAGAGGAAGAGGAAGUACAACAGCCUGCAGGAGAUCAAGGAGCCCACGGAGGAGGAUAUGGAGGCCUUCAGGAUGAAACGCUCCAGGGAUGACGACCCCAUGGCCAACUUCCUGGAGCUGGGACAGUGAUAGGGACAACUCCAUACUCUAUGCUCGCCCCUACCUACAGUAUACCCUCCACCCUCUCAUCCCAGCCCUGUACCCCCUACCCUCUCCUCUCCUCUCACCCUCUACCCUACCCUCUCCUCCCAGCCCUCU